ACAACGUUGCCAACUACAACUGCAUCUCCAACCCCGACAUUUACUUCUUCAACUACAAGUGAAACUGCUACAAGUGAAACGGAACCUCCCACAACAACAGUUGGUCAAAUAACAAUGGUACUAACAACAACAGUUGCUCAAACUGCAACAAUAGUUCCAACAACAACUAUUCUUUCAAGUACAACGGCAGCUCUUACCAGCAACAGUGUUUCAGCUGUAGUUCCAACCACAUCAAGUACUCCAAAUAAAAUUGAAACUACAACAAAUCUUCCAACAACUACAAGUGAAAUACCAACAACUACAACUGAAUCUCCCACCAUAACAGUUAGUCAAACAACACAAGGGAAAGCCACAACGAUUUCUCCGAUGACAACUGCAGCUCGAAUAACAACAAAUGUUCCAAUUAAUAUGGAAUUUACAACUGUGACAUUUACUACUUCAACUACAACUGAAGCUCCAAAAACCACACCUGAACCCACAACCCAUGCUCAAACAACAAGAGUACUGAAGACUACAGUUGCUCAAACUACAACGGUAGCUCCAACCACAACAAUUGGUCCAACUGCAGUUGCAAACAUAUCAAGUAUUUCACCUAUAACUGAAGCUCCAACCACUACAAAGUGGUGCAGCUCAACACCUACGAGAGCAGCUCCGAGAACGACUAGUGAGCCUCGGACCAUGACAGUUGCUCAAAAAACAAUUCCCUUAACCAAAGGAAUUCCUCAAACAACUACUGCAACACCAAACAAAAUUUCUCCAACUACAACUGUAGCCCCAACAACAACUAUUCUACCAAGUUCAACUGUAGCUCCAACCACAACCAGUGUUGCAACAGGUGAAUCUCCCACCACAACAGUUAUUCAAACAACUGUAGGACUAACCACAACAAAUGUUCCAACAACUCUGGUUCCAACCACAUCAAGUACUCCAAAUAAAAUUGAAACUACAAUGACAAAUCUUCCAGCAACUACAAGUGAAACACCAACAACUGCAACUGAAUCUCCCACCAUAACAGCAGCUCAAACGACAAUUGCACCAAACACAGCAGUUUCUCCAACAACUAACGCAACACCAACCAAACUUUCUCCAACUACAACUGCAGCUCAAAUAACAACAAAUGUUCCAAUUACAACUGAAUUAACAACCACAACAUUUACUACUUCAACUACAACUGAAGCGCCAAAAACUACAACUGAACUUCCCACCACAACUGUUGUUCAAACAGCAAAUGAACCAGAGACUACAGUUGCUCAGACUACACCUGUAGCUCAUCCCACAACAAUUGGUUCAACUGCAACUGCAGUUGCAGUCACAUCAAAUAUUUCACCUACAACUGAAGCUCCAACCACUACAAAGUGGUGCAGCUCAACAAGUGCAGCUCCAAGAAUGACAAGUGAGCCUCAGACCAUAACAGUCGCUCAAACAUCUAUUCCACUAACCAAAGGAGUUGCUCACUCAACAGCUGCAACACCAACCAAAAUUUCUCCAGCUGUACCUCCAACAACAAAUGUUCCUCCGAGUACAACUGAAGCUCCAACCCACGAAAAUCUUCCAAAACCUACAAUUCCAGCUCUUGACUACAACAAUGGGUGCAACAAUGAUGGAAUAUCAAUCCACAACAAUAAAAACUGCAAGUCUCAAACAACAAAGGAAGCAACGCUAACAACCACAGAAUAUUCAUCAGGCUUAGUUUCAAUUUCAACUGAACCUCCCACCCCAACUGUUACUCAAACUAAUGCAGUUGCAACCACAUCAAGUAUUCCAUCUAAAACUGAAACUCCAACCACAACAAACCUUCCAACUACAAUUGAAACACCAACAGCUAGAACUGACUCAGUCACCACAACAGUUGGUCAAGAAACAACAAUAGCACAAGCCACAACAUCUCCAACUACAACUGCAUCUCCAACCACAGCAUUGACUACUUCAACUGCAAGUGAAACUGCUACAACUGAAACUGAACCUCCCACAACAACAGCUGGUCAAAUAACAGUGGUACCAACCAUAACAGUUGCUCAAACUAUACUAGUUGCUGAAACAAUACCAACAACCAAAACAGUUGAAUAUAGUAAGACAAUAGCAACAACCACACCUGCUCAAACUACAACUGGAGUUCCAAGCACAAUAAAUAAACAAACAACAACUGACGCUCCCACCACGACAAAUCAGCCAACAACAAUAAGUAUAGCUCCAAAAACUACAACAGAAUCUCCGACCACAGCAGUUGCUCAAGCAACAACUGCAACACCAACCAAAAUGACUAAAACUACAACUGGAGUUCCUCAACUAACCACAACUCCAGAAACUACAACUGAGGUUCCAACCACAUCUAGAAGUACAAAUGAAGCUCAAAACACCACAAAUCUUCCAACAACUAACACCGUUUCUCAAACAGCAUCAAUAGCACAAACCACAGUUGCUAAAACAAAAACUUUAACUCCAACAAACAUUUCUACAACAACUGGAAAUCCAAAUGCAACUGGAGCUUCAACAACAAAAAAUCCUGCAAGUAAAAAUUACAGUCCAACCACAACUAGUGUAGCAACUUCAAUUGAACCACCCACCACAACAUUUUUUCAAACAAGUGGAAAACCAACCACAAUAAUUGCCCUAACUACAACCACAAUAACACAAACAAUCUCUGGAAUGAUGACCACCGCUUCAGCUCAAACCAACACAAGUCCACAUGGAAUCAUGGGCUCGGUUUUCAUCUGUAUUCGGCUUGUGUUCGACACCAUCAAGACCGUCCCCAGCGAGAGUGAGAUUGUCACUAUGGCCCAAACUCUCUUGGAUGCUCGUCUAUGGCAGAUGAACGAUACAGUGAAAGCGCCGAGCAACAUGACGGACUUGAAUGAUCCAGUGAGAGUGCAGAAUAUUACUUAUCAGCCUGAACCUAAUGCUGAUCCAACCUAA